AUGGAGUCUUGCACCGGCCAGAAGAUCGAUUUUGAUCGAUUGAACUUAGCCAGAGUCCGAAAGCAAGAUCAAAACGUUCAUGACUUUGCAUCUCUCAAGGAGCGAUUUCGACAUCAGCCUCAUUCCGAGCUUCCAGAGAGGGACGUUGUGCUUUCCGCAUUCCACAAGUUCAUUUCCUCCUCUGCAUAUCGCCGCUUUCCUUUCCUUCACCCUGUUUUGCUUCCUUGCACCAUGGAAACAGCCUAUGAGAAUCGUCUCUCGGAAUUUUCGCCUGACGUUCCUAGCGCCAGAGCUUGCAUAUUUGCCUUCAUUGCCUACAGCAAGUUUAUUUUGGAAGGAAACUCCUCCAGCAACGAUAUAAGAUCCCAAGGGUAUAUUCAUGAAGCGCAAUAUCUUGUAUCUGAAAUUCUGGAUGGUCAGGCCACUCUAGAUGGAAUUCAGGCACUCCUAAUGGUUGUAAGUUAA